GAAAGCUGAGUAAUCUCCGAGUCCAAGUGGACGGUCACGCCAAAAGUCCACACGGGUGUGGCCCACCUACGGCGAAGCUGUAUGGGAGAAGCCCGGGCUCCAGCCUCCCGGUUCGCCCAGCCCGCGUCCCCGCCGCCCCACCGGGAAGUCUCAGCGGCCGGGAAGGGGGAGGGGGCAGGAACGCCUCGGAGCCGGACGACAAUCACUUCCCCGGAAAGCGGCUCCCAGACACACCGCCCCAGGGAAGGAAGGCGGCCGAGGGGCCCGGCGCGGGGCUGCCGCGCGCGCCGAGGCCGCGGUAACAAAGUUUGGAAACCGCGAGAAAACUUUUCCAAGAGGAAACGCGGCGGCGGCGCUGGGCCUAUAGUUUCUCCUCCCCAGCCGCGGCGGCCCCCCGACUUCCCGAGCGCUGGGAAGCGCCGGCCGUGCCCGCCCGGGCCCCAUACUCGGGCCCUGCGGGGGAAGGGGCCGCCGGCCCGACGCGGGUCCCACGCCCGCCCGGGGCCCAAUUCCCGGCGACGUCGCCGAAGAAACCGCGCCCCGCCCGCUCGCCCGCCCGCCGCUCGCGGGGCCCAGCUUGGGACGGCCCGGCCCAAGGACCCUCUCGGCCUGGCCCGAGAGACCGCGCCCGCGAGGAGGGAGUGGCAGAGCCAGUGAAAACACACCACUCUAUUCAGAACCCCUCCAGAAACACUGAGUACGCGUGGAUACAAAGGAGAAAACCGAAGACACCUGGGCCUACUUGAGAGCGGAGGGUGGGAGGAGCGUGAGGAUCGAAAAACUACCUAUGGCUUACUACGCUUAUUACCUGGGUGACAAAAUAAUCUUUACACCAAACCCCCAUGACAUGCAAUUAAUUUAUCCAUGCACAUGUACCCUCUGAACCAAAAAUAAAAGUUGGAAAGUAAAGGAAAAAAAAAAUCACCCUCCAGUGCUUCCCAUCUCACUCUGAAUAAAAUUUAUUUGAUCUCA